AUGGCCGACAUCGAUGUGGACAACGCUUCUUUGGAGCAGUUGAGAGACGUUUUGUGCAACAAGUCUGGAGAUGUUGUUCUUGCCAACCGUUUCAGAGCUCUUUUCAACUUGAAGAACAUCGGUGCUGACUCUGAGGACAAGGAGACCGUUCACAAGGCCAUCGACUACAUUGCCGACUGUUUCAAUGACGACUCUGAGUUGCUCAAGCACGAGGUUGCUUACGUCUUGGGCCAAAUCAGAGACAUCUACGCUAACAAGCACUUGAAGGCUGUGUUGGCUGACACCAACCAGCAGGUCAUGGUCAGACACGAAGCUGCUGAGGCCAUGGGUGCUAUCGGUAACGAGGAGGUUUUGGAAAUAUUGGAGGACUAUUACAAGAACGACCCCUCCGUGGAGAUCAGAGAGACUUGUGAACUCGCCAUUGACAGAAUCAAGUGGGAGAACUCUGAGAAGGCCAAGGCAGAGAACCUUGAGAAGUCCGCCUUCACCUCGAUCGACCCUGCACCUCCUUUGGCCACUGACCAGGAAGCCAAGGUUGAGAAGUUGCAGAAGCUCUUGAACGACCAGGACAAGUCUUUGUUCGAGAGAUACAGAGCCAUGUUCAGAUUGAGAGACUUGGGUACGGACGAUGCUGCUCUUGCCUUGGCUACCGGUUUCGACGACCCAUCUGCCUUGUUUAGACACGAGAUUGCCUACGUUUUCGGUCAGUUGUGCAACCCUGUCACUGUUCCUUCUUUGAUCAAGGUGUUGAAGGACCUGAACGAGGCUGGUAUGGUUAGACACGAGGCUGCCGAGGCUCUUGGCUCCAUUGCCACUGACGAGUGUUUGCCUGUGCUCAAGUCUUUCCUCAACGACGAGGAGAAGGUUGUCAGAGACAGCGCUAUUGUCGCUUUAGACAUGUACGAGUAUGAGAACUCCAACGAGUUGGAGUACACCACGGUCAAGGCGUAA